GGGGCAGCGGCGGGGAGAUCGACAGCCCAGCACACCCACUGGGGUGGAGGAGAAGGGGGCCAUCAGGCUGCAGGAAUCCAGCCUCGGGCUGGGGCUGCCACCGAGGGGAAUUUCCCCUCUUUGAAACAGCUGGGGACCCCUCCACUCCACCCCUUUCACUGUGCUUCUUAAAGGGACACUGUUUUUCCUUGAAGUCCAUGGAAGCCAGACUUGGGACGCUUUGUGGCGACUUUGAAUCUUUCCUUACUGCUUCCUUCCCAACAGGAAGCCCUCCUCUGGCUGAUGGAGUGGGGGCCUCCCAGGCAUGGCACUAACCAGCCACCCCAGUGCUGACUUGGCUCCAGGGCUCUUUCCGCCUCUGCUGGCAUCUUGCUUCCCCCCUCCUGGGGUGCGGUGGUGAGUCUGGGGGCCUAGUCCUGAGGGUGCCUGGAGAGUGUCGCUGGUGCCACCCGACGCCCCCUGCACCCAAGCUGGAGGACGGGCAGGUUGUUGGGGGCUAUGAUGAGAUGAGUGGGGGCCGCUUUGACUUUGAUGAUGGUGGGGCAUACUGUGGGGGCUGGGAGGGGGGGAAGGCCCACGGUCACGGACUGUGUACGGGCCCCAAGGGCCAGGGUGAAUACUCAGGCUCCUGGAACUUUGGCUUCGAAGUGGCGGGCGUCUAUACCUGGCCCAGUGGAAACACCUUCGAGGGAUACUGGAGCCAGGGCAAGCGGCACGGGCUGGGCAUAGAGACCAAGGGGCGCUGGCUAUACAAGGGCGAGUGGACACAUGGCUUCAAGGGACGCUAUGGAACCCGGCAGAGCACCAGCAGCGGUGCCAAGUAUGAGGGCACUUGGAACAAUGGCCUGCAGGACGGCUAUGGCACUGAGACCUAUGCAGAUGGAGGGACGUACCAAGGCCAGUUCACCAACGGCAUGCGCCACGGCUAUGGCGUGCGCCAGAGCGUGCCCUACGGGAUGGCCGUGGUGGUGCGCUCGCCGCUGCGCACGUCGCUCUCGUCCCUGCGCAGCGAGCACAGCAACGGCACGGUGGCCCCCGACUCGCCCACCUCGCCGGCCUCCGACGGCCCGACGCUGCCCUCGCCCGCCAUCCCGCGCGGCGGCUUCGCGCUCAGCCUCCUGGCCAACGCCGAGGCGGCCGCGCGGGCACCCAAGGGCGGCCUGUUCCAGCGGGGCGCGCUGCUGGGCCGGCUGCGGCGCACGGAGUCGCGCGCGUCCUUGGGCAGCCAGCGCAGCCGCGUCAGCUUCCUCAAGAGCGACCUCAGCUCGGGCGCCAGCGACGCCGCCUCCACCGCCAGCCUGGGCGACGGCGCCGAGGGCGCCGACGAGGCCGCGCCCUUCGAGGCGGACAUUGACGCCACCACCACCGAGACCUACAUGGGCGAGUGGAAGAACGACAAGCGCUCGGGCUUCGGCGUGAGCGAGCGCUCCAGCGGCCUCCGCUACGAGGGUGAGUGGCUGGACAACCUGCGCCACGGCUACGGCUGCACCACGCUGCCCGACGGCCACCGCGAGGAGGGCAAGUACCGCCACAACGUGCUGGUCAAGGGCACCAAGCGCCGCGUGCUGCAGCUCAAGAGCAGCAAGGUGCGCCAGAAGGUGGAGCUCAGCGUGGAGGGCGCCCAGCGCGCCGCCGCAAUAGCGCGCCAGAAGGCCGAGAUCGCCGCCUCCAGGACAAGCCACGCCAGGGCCAAAGCUGAGGCAGCAGAACAGGCCGCCUUGGCCGCCAACCAGGAGUCCAACAUUGCCCGCACUCUGGCCAGGGAGCUGGCUCCGGACUUCUACCAGCCAGGUCCGGAAUAUCAGAAGCGCCGGCUGCUGCAGGAGAUCCUGGAGAACUCGGAGAGCCUGCUGGAGCCCCCCGACCGGGGUGCCGGCGCCGCGGGCCUCCCGGAGCGGCCCCGCGAGAGCCCCCAGCUGCAUGAGCGCGAGACCCCGCGGCCCGAGGCUGGGCCCCCGUCGCCGGCCGGGACGCCCCCGCAACCCAAGCGGCCCCGGCCCGGGGCGGCCAAGGACGGCCUGCUGGGCCCGGGCGCUUGGAACGGCGAGCCCGGCGGCGAGGGCACCCGGCCCACCACGCCGUCCGAGGGCGCGGGCCGCCGCAGCCCGGCGCGUCCGGCCACCGAGCACAUGGCCAUCGAGGCGCUGCAGGCGCCGCCCGCGCCGCCCGCGCCGUCGCGGGAGCCCGAGGUGGCGCUGUACCGCGGCUACCACAGCUACGCCGUGCGCACCGCGCCGCCCCAGCCGCCGCCCUUCGAAGACGAGCCCGAGCCCGAGCCCGAGGUCUCGGGUUCUGAGUCCGCGCCCCCGUCCCCGGCCACCGCCCCGAUGCAGCCCCCCACGCUCCGAGGCCCUGAGCCUGCGCCCGAGACCCUCGCCAAGCUGGAGCCCAAGCCCAUUGUCCCCAAAGCCGAGCCCAAGGCCAAGGCCCGCAAGACUGAGGCCCGAGGGCUGUCCAAGGCCGGGACCAAGAAGAAGGCCCGGAAGGAGGCAGCGCUGGCGGUGGAGGCAGAGGUGGAGGUGGAAGAGGUCCCCAACACCGUCCUCAUCUGCAUGGUGAUCCUGCUUAACAUCGGCCUGGCCAUCCUCUUCGUUCACCUGCUGACCUGACCCUCAUCUACCAGAGCCAGGAGUUCCUGCUGAGGACGUGAGGACCCAUCUUUUCGCAAUGCCAGGCAGGGUGACCAAGGAGGACUGGACUCUGGACCCGGAGCCCCAGGGUCCAGCUCACAUGCAUACCACAGAUGUUUAAGGAGGUGUCCCGUGGCACCUGUGCUGGGUGGUGGUGAUGCCAAGAGGAAUAGAAUGUGCCAGAAACCCUCCAGUCCGUCUCUGCCCAGGGGCAAGGAAAGCCUGAAGGGAAAGAGCCCUGGUCUCUUGAACUUCCUGAUUUCUUCCUGUCCCUCAUCCUCAUCUACUCCCUGGCCUGCCCCUAGGUCACCCCCUCUCUGGGCUUUUGUGUGUUUUGGGAGAAGUCACCUAACCAGGAUAUUAAUAUUAAAUCUCAUCCCCUUCCUCCUAUCCCCCCUCCACAUUAAUUUAACCCUGUGGCUGGUGGGCCAAGGCCUGCUGGGGAAGCUUGGGGCGAAGAGGGGAUUGAAAUCCCUUUUACUGGGCAAGGGAAACCCCUCAGACCAGUGCCAAGGCUCUUCCUUUUUCAGCCUUGACCCAGCACAGACUCUGUUCCUUGCUUACAGAUGUUUGGGGUGACAGUAGAGGAAAUGGACAUGCUCAGUUUGAAUAUCCCACAAUACAGAGCUCUGUCUCCUCCCACCAGUCCAAUUAGCUUCCCUUCUGGACCAGUGGAAGAGGGGGAGACCUGAGGAACUGGAGCCUCUGGCUGGGAAGCCACUGACCAGGUGGCCAGCAGGCAGGGGUGGGAAGAAUGGUUAAGGUGCAGGUCUGAUGGCCCCUGUUUCUGAGUGUGUCUGAGCCUGAGGCUGGGAUUGCAUUUGGGGCUUCCAGUGUGCUGGAGGUGCUAAGGGGUCAGGUGCAGGAGCCCUGGGGCUGGCGAGAUAAAGCUGCAUUGCUUUGUCCCCUUCUCCACCAGGGUGCUCUGCCAGCUUAGGGGAGCAUGGCAUGGAAGCCCAUGGAAACCCAGGCAGAUUUCCCUGGGGCAGAAUCUCAGGCAGGUGCUGAAGGCAAGCUGCUUGUCAGGAAGCAUUUUCCAGAAAGAGAAGAGCAAAUCUGGUGCUCCAGCUGGGUGCAGUCUGUGCAGGGAUGAACUCCUUCAGCUUGCUUGGCAGAAGAUUAUACUCGCAUGUACCCCACUUAAAGAUACUUUGUACCACACUGGGUGUCUGUGUCCUUGUGCUUGCUGGGGCUGGCCUGGUGGCCAGGGCUUGUUUCCCUGCCCCCAGGAGGAUGGAGGGAGAGGGCUUCUAGGCCCCUCCAAGCCUGGGGAAAGAUGUGGUGAUGGCAUCCAAGCAGAGCUUAAUCCUGGUUCUAUUUUUCUGGAUCUUGAGGGUUUGGGGAUUGUGGCUGGGCCUCCCCAGGACAGCUCUGGGACUUGGAAGUUUGCUUCUGCUGUGGUCAACUUCCCCCUUUCCCCCUCAGUACCUGGGAUUCUUCUUCUCCAGCUUCACACUUGCUGUUUUCAAGCACUGCUGGGGCCUGGUGGCUUGGCUGGAAUACUGGACUGCAUUUGUACAGAGGCCCCUCCAAAUUUUCCCAUCCUUAGUCAGCCAUGGUCCAUGGCUCUGCAUCUGUGUUUGGGCUUUUCUGGACUCCUAGGGAAUGAGGGGGGUGGGCUGGGGGCACUUGUCCAGUGCUGGGGGUAGGCCUUUGGCUACCAGAGCUUCUGGGCCUAGUUUUGGGGCUGAUGUUUGGGGUGAGGCUUGGGAUGCCACAGUCUGUGCAACAAUAAACCUGCAUCUGCUCACGGG